CGUAUAGCGGGCUUGGGCAGCUGUCGCCGGCCCCUCGCGGCCUCUCUGAACUCAGAACCGGCGAGCCGUUCUCUCCUCUUCCUCUCGGGAGCAGGAGCCGAUGCCGCGAGCCCAGGGGGGGCCUCCAGAGCGCGCUUCCUGGAGCCCCGGCGGCCGGGCCGGGUCAUGAGCCUCCUGGGCGGCUUCGCCUCCUCUCCUCUGUCCCCGCUGCAAGCGAGCAAGCCCAGGAUGAAAAAGCCCCCAAAGAAGAGUCAGAACGAGAAGUACCGGCUGAAGUACCUCCGGCUGCGGAAGGCAGCCAAGGCCACCGUGUUUGAAAAUGCAGCUAUUUGUGAUGAAAUUGCCCGACUUGAGGAAAAGUUUAUCAAAGCAAAAGAAGAAAGAAGGUACCUCCUGAAAAAACUACUCCAGCUGCAGACUCUGACUGAAGGGGAGACCCAGACUGUAGCAACCACCCACAGUUCUAACCUGCCGUUGAGUUAUGGUGUGGCCACUUCCGUGGGUCCCAUUCAAGGAGCCGGACCUGUUCCUGUAUCUAGCUCUGUGGUCGAAGAACCAUUUGGGAAGAAACCCAAGAAGGAAAAAAAAGAAAAAGGAAAAGAAAACAACAAAAUGGAAGUUCUGAAGAAAGCAUCCAAGAAAAAGAAAAUGGAGGGAGGUGCUCGCAAGCUGGUUCAGCCCAUUGCCCUGGAUCCCUCAGGACGGCCUGUGUUUCCCAUCGGACUAGGGGGUCUAACAGUUUAUAGCCUAGGGGAGAUCAUCACUGAUCGACCUGGCUUCCAUGAUGAGGGCGCUAUCUACCCUGUGGGUUUCUGCAGUACCCGAGUGUAUGCCAGCAUGAAGUGCCCGGACCAGAAGUGUUUGUACACCUGUCAAAUCAAGGAUGGUGGUAUGCAGCCCCAGUUUGAGAUUGUGCCUGAGGAUGACCCUGAGAAUGCCAUUGUGGGCUCUUCUGCAAAUGCCUGUCAUGCUGAACUACUCAAGACUAUCGGUGCAGCUCGGGGGAAACUGCUUCCCAAUGUGCUUCCAUCUGGAGCUGAUUUCUUUGGGUUUUCUCAUCCAACCAUCCACAACCUGAUCCAGAGUUGUCCAGGAGCUCGGAAGUGUAUCAAUUACCAGUGGGUGAAGUUUGAUGUGUGUAAACCUGGGGAUGGUCAGAUCCCCCAGGAGCUGCCAGACAAUGAUGCAACUGUGAGCUUUGAGGCCUUUCAGAGACAAGCUUUUGAAGAAGAUCAUAGUGAUCCCAUUCUACCAGGAUCUCUGGAUCUCCCAGGGCUCCAGCCUGCAUCAUUUGUGUCAUCCUAUCAGCCCAUGUUCCUGACACAUGAGCCCCUGCCAGCCACUCACCUGCAGCACAUUAAGUCUCCAUCCCAGUGCAGCCCAGCCCAGUCCUCAGACUGAACAAGGCAACAAAGACUACACCAGGCUUAUCAUGGUGAAAUUGUUAAGAUAAAACUUAGAACAUAUGAAAGUAGCAGAACCCAGCCACGAAGAUGGAAGCAUUGAUAUCCUGUAUCAUUGCAUCUUAGAAGAUCUCUUGGCAAUGAUUUUCCCUGGUAAAGACUUUGGCUGUUUUUAUCUUUUGUAAUAAAAUUUUCUUGUCA